ACUUCAAGGGGUACGGAGGUCAUUAUAUUGGAAACGGAACUUCGCUCUGAAACCCCUUCUCUCGACCUGGGAGAUUUUUUACGGUCUGUUCUCUCACGAGUCACGACGCGCCGGUCGGUCAUCGCUGAACUCCAACCUCUCGAAUAGAAUACAUAGACCGGAAAAGUAGCAAGUGUCCUGCCAGUUAAGUUCAUUUGUAUGCCUACAGAGUCGCCGGAGAUCAGAAUGGCGAAGCGCGAGCUAUCCAGUACAUUAAAAAACUUGAAGUUUAUGCAAAGAGCAUCAAACAACGGAGAGGGAAAAGCUAAGCAAGCUGAAGACAGCAUGCCUGGUGGUAACUUACCAUCUUCAAGUGCUCCCAAAAGAUGUGUCGUUAUUAUGGAAGGAGAUCCCCAUCCUGGGGCAAGAAAGGGCCGGAUGUCAUUCCAGAAUUUUAACCCUGCUAUUGAUAAAUUAAAUGAAGAUGGUGUAAAGCCUAGCAAAUCAGAAGCCUCUGAAACAACUUCUGGAACAAGUGAAAUAAUUUCUAAUAGAGAAACUGGUUCGAGUCAAGAUGGUCUUGAGAACUCAUCAAAUCAGAAGAACUCAAGCACAGAUGCAACAGGGGAUCACAAGAGGAAGCAAGAAGACACAGUUUCUGAUGUCCAUUUGCCGAACAAAACACAUAAAAAUGUGCAUGGCUAUGAAGGUCCAUCUUCGAGUGGCAAGAAGAAGUCCCAGAAGCAACCAAAGUGUGAAAAGUUGGAUUGGAGUGUUCUUAGGCCACCAAAGUUUCAAAAUAAAAAAUGUACUUAAAGUUUAAUUCUUUUUUUUUUCUUCGGAUGGUUUCCCAUGGCAUGCUUCUUUAUUAAUCAAUUAUCACUGCCAUGUGUUGUAGUGCUAUAAGGUUUGUUGUACUGUUGACAGACCUCUUUUUGCUUUUUUUUUUUUUUUUUAAAGUCGGUUUCUCUGCCUGCAACUUAUUCUAAUCAUCAUCACUUAUGGUGGCACAAUGGAUGUAUCACUUUACAUCAAGGAUCAUACUCAUAAUAUUAUUUGUCCAUGUUUAUGAAUUA